GGCGAGUAUAUCCCAGAGCAGCUUUCAAAAACAGCUGCUCGGUGUUAUAUCUGUUUCGAUCCCAUCGCAUGUUAUUUUCUGGUUAAAGGAUGGCUUCUAUUAUAAAAAACCAGUUACUUAAACAUUUGUCCCGAUUUACCAAAAAUCUCUCCUCCGAUAAAAUAAACCUGAGCACCUUCAAAGGGGAAGGCGAGUUGUCCAACUUGGAGUUGAACGAGGUGGUUUUGACGGACCUGUUGGAAUUGCCCUCGUGGCUCAGGCUCACCAAGGCUUGGUGCAACAGAGUUACCUUCCGAAUUCCGUGGACUAAGUUGAAAACGAUGCCGAUCCAUUUAUCCCUGGACGAAGUGAACAUCACGGUCGAAACGUGCGAAGAGUUGAGAUGCGUGUCGCCUCAGGGAGCGCUCUCGUACGCUCCCGGAAAAUAUAGUUUUAUUCAUAAGGUCAUAGACGGAAUAACGGUGACGGUGAACACGGUGAACGUGUUGUUCAAUAGUCCGGCAUUUAUCGCUACCGUUCAGAUACAGAGAAUAGUGGUCGAAUCUGUAACACCGAAGUUUACUAGGAUGGAGUUGCCCCUGACGAGACUGAAAAGCCCCGAGAAGGGUCAGAUUUUGAUUUUCAAAGAGUUGCAGUGGCAAACGGUGAGGAUAGAGGCGAAAUCAACGAGGGAUAGAAAUUUGACCCCGUUGCGGUUGUUGACGAACCAGGCCCGGUGCCGAAUAACCAUAAAGAAGCGCUUGUCAGAUUGUUUCAUUCUGGGGUCGAGGUUAGUGAUAAUACUGGACGAUUUGCUGUGGGUGCUCACCGAUUCCCAGUUGAAAGCGGCCUUACAUUUUCUGGAUUCUCUAACGGGCUUGAUACAAAAGGCCACCCAGAUUACGAGGAAAGCGAAAGCGGCCAGAAAACUGGACGAGUUGCCCGAAUACCAGGCCCAGUUGCCCCAGGAGUGCCGUCCGAACGUCGGACAGAGGCCCGCCAAGCCGUCGGGUCGUAUGUUCUCGCAGUACGACGUAAUCGAGACUUCCUAUCAUUUCAUGUCCAAUCAUAUUGUGUUACAUUUGUGCGACGAUCCCGGAGAAGGCCGAUCGGGCCAUCCGAACCUGAAAGACGGCGGCGCCUUGCAGAUUAGCGUCAGGCGAUUUCAGGUCGACUUCUAUCCCUAUCACUUGGCCAAAGGUGACCGGAAGCACUGGCCGACGUACAACGCGUCCCAAGUCCCGCACUCCUUGUGGCAGGAACAGGCCCUAGCCGCUUUUAAAAGUAAAUUUCUAGACCUAUUCGACAGGAAUAAAACGCAACACGCGCCUUUGAGCAGAGUGCCCAAAGCCCCUCAAACCGAAUAUUCCCCAGCUUUUAAUCCCGCGAGUCCCGAACAUAGGAAGCCUUCCAGUCCCAGUCAUAGAGAAAUCAAGGGACGGUUAGAGUUGCAACUGGCAAAGUUGAUGACGACCUGCGUCAUUAUUAGGAUAGACGAUUUCGCGAUAUACAGGGUGACCACCUCGGGGAAAAAACAACAGCUUAAGGAAUUCCUUAGCGCUCAACAAAAGAGGAGAGACAAAAAUCCCUCAGGAGACCGCAAUCGAAUGUCGUUGCCAAAGGAAGCCAGCAUCGUACACGCCGAAUAUAUCCAUUAUUAUUAUCCCAGCGACAUGCCUUUCCCACUGCCCGCCCCCAAGUUCUACGUCCAAAUUAAUCCCAUUCAAAUCGUUUUCGAUGUCGACACCAUCCUGUGGAUGAAUUCGUUCGGCCUGAAUCUCUACCAGUCAUUGGCGCAGGCCAAAAGUGAAGUACAGACUUCUAAUUACACAUACGUCGACGUCAAAAUCGAGUCUAUUCUACCAAAGGUUAAUUUCGAGAGUCAUUUGGACUAUCCGUCGCAGCGGGACAGGCCUAAAUGUCUCAGUAUUCAAGUAACUAGGGCGACGGUCACCAACGUUAGAACGCUGGAGCAUUCUUCUAGAGCCGACCUCGCUAAGUGCGUGGACUCCUUCCACAUGGGUUCCCUUUUUUUCGGUAGCGAUUUUCCGUCUCGCCCCGGAGAUUUCUACAUCGUGACCCAGAAAUUCCUUGACCACAUAUCUGCCGCGGAUAAUGUCCGUGCGGAGCCCAAGGAAUUGGAUAUUUCCUCCAUGGAUAACUUGGUUCGGCAGCUCAGCAAAGAACUGCUAUGGGUGGAGGCUAAAGACAUUUGGUACGUUUCUUUGGAUCCCGUUUUCGGCGAUUUCUGCGGCGCCCGUGGGGACGCUUCCAACAAACCGGUACCCUUCCUGGACGCGGUACCCGUUACGGUUUGGCUCCACGCCACUUUGGAUCCCAAUAGUACCAUCAAAACGAAAAACGCCGAUAGUUUGAACGCAGAUAUACACGCGUUGGCGUACAUCUCGAACUUGGUUAGCAUACAAAUCAACCAUUAUCAGUAUCUGUUCCUGCUGAGACUUGCCGAGCAGGCGUCGGAACUGACCACGUUUUUAACUAUGGACUCCGAUCGAAUACUGAAAACUAACGUCAACAGUUCUAUGGCGAUAGGCGCGUUGAUCCCCCAAUUGGAGGUGACGUUCGUGAUGCCUCCCCAAAGUCCCGGAAAAGAGUCUUCCGGAGGCGACGGGGAAUCGUUCGUUCCGGAUUUUUCCAGCAUCGACGAUAUCGCGGUCACUACGCAAGGUAUAUUGAGGAACAGUAUAAAAUCGAUCCCCCAGUUGGAGAACUCCGGUAGGUCGGUUUCUUACACCGAAGCCGUUCAAUACUCGACCACGGACUCGAUUAACGGAACAUUAAUCGCUACAGCGCAAGGUGGCCCACCGAUUCAGAUCCAGAAUCCGCCGCAGAACCAAUUCGGGAAUAACAUACAAAGUAAUAUAAAUGUGGGUCUGACGUCGGUGAAAAAAGGGUUUUCCAGUUUAAUGUCGUCGAUAGAUAGUGCUCUGAAAUCGAGCCCGGACGACAUGUCGGAUACCCUGUCGAUCCGUAGCGACGCGUCUAGCGAUUCCGAGCAAAUCGUCAUGGUUAAUUACGAGGAAGACGUCAGGGGCAUCGACUGGAUGUUUUACAUCGACGAAAUGGUGGAGUACGAGAAGGCCGAAGAGGCGGCCGAGGUUAUAGAGGACGAGAGCGUUAUGACGUCACCCAGCGACCACAGCUUGACCAGCAGCUGCAGAAGAAAAGACCUGGUGUGCGUGUCGACUUUCAAAUUAAACAAAGUGGAAUUUUUACAACAAUCUUGCGGCUACUCUUCGUCCAUCAAAGUCCAAGUCGGUAACGUUGCCAGCGAAGAUUGCACCAGCAUUCCCUGGGACGAAUUUCAAGCCGCCACGAAGGGCAAAUUUAGCACGAGAUCGCGCGGCUGGACCGACAAUCCCGAAAACACGUGCUCCACCGCAAAAGUGAAGCUCCGCUUCGACCACACCUUGACGUUGGAAGACCCGAGGACGUUGCCGGACCACGAUCUCACCAAGAGGGAGGUCAUGGCGCGAGUGUUCGAAGACAUGGUGGCUAUCGAAGUCCGAGAUCUGAUUUUGAGUUUGAACAUGAGCACCGUCACGGGACUGGCGGACCUCAGCGAAGACGAGAUCAUUCCCGUUCCGCUUCCGCUGCAGCUGCUGGUGCAAAACCUCCAGCUGCGUCUCGUGGAAGACAGGCCGCCGGUGAACAUAACCUCACCGGGUUCCGUUCCGAUCGAUUUGGACGUCGACGUCGUCCACAUCACUCGCGGAAAAGACGGAGUUUUCCACGUAUCCGGCGGAGAAGCAGCGAGGCGCAACGGUGAAACGGAGGACGCGAAGGUGACGCAGCUGCUCGACGAUAACGAAGAACUGAAAAGGAGGCUGCUCGCGUUCGAAAGGAUCUCGGAGGAGAACAGGGGCUUGAGGAAAGCCCAGGAAGAAACUGACGUGCUCAGAGGUUUCCUCAAAUCCUCUCAAGACGAGGUUUCUAGACUUUUGGACGAAAAGAGGAAGCUUCUGGACGAAAUCGGGGCGCUUCAAAGUCAGCUCGCUAACACCACCAGAUGGCAGUGGAAUUCGAAAAGCUAGCAAUGUUGCUUCGACUGUACUAAGUGCUGUAGCAAUGAUAACCGUUCUCAGUAGUUAGACAGUCCCGAAAUGACUGUUGGGUUUCUGCUAAAAUUGUAUGUUUUGUUUCUAAGCUAAAACGGUAUGCAUUUUAGUUAAGACUUAUUUUUUUUAAACUGAAGGUUAUUAAGAUGACUUUUUGCAUACUGUUUUAAGUUAGUUAAAGGUACUCAGCUAUGAAUAGGUGUUUCUAAGUGUAUAUUGUGAUAAAUGAUGGACUUAUCAAAGGGAAAAAUAUUACGUUAUCGUUUUCCUCAACAAUGCUGCAAAUAUAAAAAAAACGAACAUUCUUAAAAUUUAAUUUCUAGUCGUAUUUAUUUUUUGUUUAAACUGCAAUAUGUGUUGCUACUAUGUAAGCAAACAAUUAUCCUUUUCGAGACAUUCACUACAAAAAAAUCAAUAACCGUAUAAAGAAAAAUUUGCUUGAAGCAUUGCAUAGUGUUGUGAUAAAAAAAAUGUGACUCACCUACAUUUUAUCGGAUUUUUUUUGUGUAAUUUCGUCACUCGAAACGCUCGAUAUUUUCUUGUUUCUAGCGAAUGAAAGAUUUUAUUACGUUGUUAAGCCAAGUAUGUCCAAUAAAAUACCAUUACCACU